CGUUUUCAGAUUUUCCGGCGGCUCAACCUCAGCGCACUGAAAAUGGAAUUAUGUGCGCAGAAUAGACUGGAUGAACCAUAUUAUGAAAUUACUAAUAUUAGUGGGCCCUCGCAUGCUCCGGUAUUUACAAUCACGUGUACAAUACAGAUGUUUCAAGAAGAAGCCUGCGCAAGAAGUAAAAAGCAAGCAAAACAGAACGUAGCACAAAAAAUGUUAAAACAUUUAAAAGAUAACGUAAACAUAAAUCUCCCAGGAAUGGAAUUAAUAAGUGCACGUGCGAAUGAUAAAGACGUAGACGAUUUAAGCAAAGGUAUAGAAUACCUGAAUUUAUCAGUCACAAAUUUAAAGGAGUCGAGAAAAGAACAAACGGAUUUAGCAAUGGCUCGAUACCCAGAUUUAAUGAAACGUCCAGGCAUUGUCAGUUGCAAGACUCAUGAUAUUCCAAUUUCAAUGUAUCAUCUGUGUUUCAAGGUUGGAUACUUAAAUCUUGUUGAGACUUUAACAUGUUUGUUAAGUCGACAAAAAAGCGAUAACAUGACUUACGAUGAACUGCGAGUAUAUUUAACCCGAAGUGCUGAUAUUUUGAAGUGUGAAAUUAAGGAAAUCAAUUAUAAAUUGAAAACACCAAAUCUUUAUAUGAUUGGCAUACAAUUAAGUUUCACUCCACAAAUUAUGGAAAUUGGUUAUAGCACCACCCAAAAAGAGGCUGAAAAAAAUGCUAUGAUUGCAGUAAUAGGGACCUUGUUCUUAUUACUAAAAUAAAAUUUAAUUCAUUUCCUUUACUAUUUUGAUAAUGAUAUAUUGCUAAAGAUUGCAGUUCACCUGAGCAAACAAAUUAAUUCCUCUACAAGAAUGAGGACAGGGGUACAUGUCGGUCUCCAAUAUUGUGUUGAUGAAAACUAUGAGAUACGGAAUAGUUACAAAAUAAUUUAUAGCCACUUCCUAUAAUGAUAUUAAAUAUCUUUGUGUAAAGUUAUUGAUAAAAAGCUUUAUUUUUACUUAUGUAUUCUAAAAAUUGUAAUAUGCGUACAACUGUAAGGGGUAAUUUUUGUAUUCCAAACGUGAAUGGGGGUUUCUACAUUUUAAAAGUAUGUUGUGCCCAACAGUAAACAAAAAAAAGUAGCAUAAGAAAUACUACGUAACAAGCGUCUCAAAGAAUUAUUAUAAAAUUGAAAAGCAAAACAUUUGUAAAAUAUUUGUUAUACAUGCUUCAUCAUUCUUUACACAAGAUAUACCAGAUUUUACGUCCAAAAAAUGUGCAGCACUGCUCCUCACGACAAAAACGUGUAUAAAAAAAAUGCAUAUGAAAUAUUUCUAAAUUCAAUAGUUUUUAUUGGAAAAUGCAUUUAAUUUUCUCAUUUCAAUCAAAUUUUCUAUAUUUCCUCCCCUAUUUUUUAUUACCAUACUCCAGCCCCACAUUAUUUCGCAUGGCAGUGAACAAUUUUGGGAUUAUCAAACAAAUUCAUCAUUUUUUGCUAUACAUCAAAUAUAAGUCAUGUAUAUUGCUAGAAGUACAGUGGUUCACAGUGAUAAAUUGCAAAAAUAAUACUUGUAUAUUCAGUUCUAUCCAAAAUAAUGGAGGGAGCAAAAUAAUAAAACUACAAAACAUAAGAUGAUGCUGGAAAGAUGCACCUCUUGUCCAUACAUAUACUAGUCUACAGUGUACGAUAUCUUCGACAUGAAACGAAUUACAUUGGCCACGUUUGCGGCAUUUCACGAAUUUGUCUAACUCCAAACUUUUCACUAUCCUGGGUGAAAAGGUAGUGUGAAGGUGGUUGCCUAGAUUUACAAUAAUAAUAUUCCUAUUUCAGUGAAUCCCCUCUAUAUUGUUCAUUGCAAAAAUAUUACCCACCUAAGGUAUUAUCUUUGACACAAGCAUAAGCAUAGAGAUCCAUCAUUUAAAAAAUUUUCAUGUCACUUGUUAUUUAAAUAAUGCAAUAAAAAAAUGAUUUAAAAUCUGCAAGAUUUUUAAUUAAAAUUUAAUCGUAAUAAUGUUCGAUGUAAGAGAAGUGUCUAGAAGAAAUUUCAUUCACUUUAUCACCUAAAAGCUGAAAUAUCUUGAUAAAAAUAUAGUUAUUUUGAGAUGCAAAGUAUAUUUAGUGAAUUUUUACUAGUUUUAUUCCGUAUAUCUCUUAUACAAGCUGGUAAAUCAGUUUGAAACUUUUCACGUACGACCAUUAGGCAAUUACCAAGAACAUACGCAAAAUUCGGAUCCGUAUCUUGGAAGCGCCCUCAUGAGGAAAUGAAUUCAAUGCAAAAGUAAAUUUGAUUUAACAAUUGUUUAUAUACGUUUUUUAUACAAAACUUUUGAUAAGGAACAGUGCUACAUGUUUCCAGGCCCAAAAUCUAGUACAGCCUCAUACAGUCUUACCUCUAUAUUUGUGUUAUCAAUAGGAAGUCUAUAAUGAGAACUAAUACAUAAAUAGUUGUAACGUUAGUUUUGAUAUAAAAGUUAUAGUUUUUAAUGUAAGUUUUGUAAUAUAAAAAGAUCGCUUUUUUAAAUAUAAAUUUUUAUAGAAAUAUGGACUUGUUAUAAUCAUUUUCUUUGGUUACCGGAAGGACUUUCCAUAACUACACACAUGAAUUCUACACGCGAAGUAGUAUUCUUUUCAUUGAGAAUAAUAUUGUGCAAAUCAACAUAACAACAUAAAAUAUACCGAUAGUUUAGAAUCUAUGAUAAGGAUUUUUAAAUUACUUAAAACUUUUUUUGUUAUAAAAUUACAUAUUUCUAUUAUAUUAAAGAUGAAAUGUAUCACUUCAUCGCAAAAUAUUAAUUAUGAUUAUGUAAAACUCAUUAUGGCAAGCAAAGUAGACGGCGUUAUGUGUUAAUGUUGCUAAUGUGACUGUGUAAACGAUUGCUUCAAAAUAAUAUAUAAAAAUG